AUGGUUUGUGUACUAGGAAUCGAAGGCUCAGCGAACAAAAUAGGCGUUGGCAUUGUGCGAGAUGGUGAAGUGGUAUCCAAUCCGCGUUCGACCUUCCAUGCUGUGACGGGGGAAGGUUUUAGACCCAGCGAGACUGCACAACAUCACCGUCAGCAAAUUUUACGAAUACUUACUAAAGCCCUAAAAGAUGCCAAAAUUAAUGAUCCAGAAGGGGAAAUUGAUGCUAUUGCAUAUACCAAAGGACCAGGAAUGGGCGCGCCGUUACAGGUCGGAGCUGUUGUGGCUCGCUGUUUGUCACUGACUUGGUCUCUACCACUGAUUCCUGUUAACCAUUGUAUAGGUCAUAUCGAAAUGGGUCGUCUUAUCACUGGAGCUGAUAAUCCAAUUGUUUUAUAUGUUAGCGGUGGAAAUACACAAGUAGUUUCUUAUUCGCACUCCAAAUACCGCGUAUUCGGAGAAACGAUAGAUAUAGCAGUCGGUAAUUGUCUCGAUCGCUUUGCUCGGAUUGUAAAACUUCCUAAUGAUCCAAGUCCUGGAUAUAACAUCGAACAAACGGCUAAACGAGGAAAAAGACUUUUGGAAUUGCCGUAUACAGUGAAGGGGAUGGAUGUUUCUUUCUCUGGUAUAUUGUCCACAAUCGAAGGCAAAGCUCCACAGCUUCUGGCAUCUGGAGAGUACACUGUGGAGGAUCUUUGCUUUUCUCUACAGGAGACAGUGUUUGCAAUGCUGGUAGAAAUCACUGAACGGGCUAUGGCUCAUACGGGGAGCAAAGAGUUGCUCGUUGUGGGCGGAGUAGGCUGCAAUAAACGGCUUCAGGAAAUGGCCGGUUGUAUGUGUUCGGAACGUGGUGCCCGGCUUUUUGCCACAGAUGAGCGGUUUUGUAUUGACAAUGGUGCUAUGAUAGCGCAAGCUGGAUGUCUUAUGUACGGUGCUGGAAUUAAAUGCGAGGUAGUUCUCAGUUGUACAACACAUUCACGACUGUAUGAAUCGUGCGUGAUUUAA